CCCACACUUCUGGGAGCAUUCCGAGAGGACAUGGGCCGGGACCCCACACAAUUGUGACAUGACCCGCACGUGCCACAGUUCGUUAUCUUCCGUGACCUCUCGGAGGCCAAGACCUCUCGUUCCCCACUCCUCCGCCCGCCGGACCCGAGCCGGCGACGCCCAUUUGGUCCUUGGCUCCGGCCGUGCUCUCAAUCACCGAGAAGCCUCGGAUAGGCAACUCCGUAAGAGACAAUUGUCACAAGUGAAGCCCACUAGCGCGGCGUCGCGGCCAGACUAGAGCAGGAUUGCUGCUCUCUUCGCUUGAACCCCGUCCUCGCUCGGCACUCUCCACUCCCUUUUUACACGCGGGAAUCCGACAUCAGAUAUGGAUUCCAUCGAAGUUCGAGGCAAGACGGCCCCAGCCCCACGGCCUUUACGCAUCGGCAAUGCCUGUGAGGCGUGCAGGGCGGCAAAGGUCAAGUGCCAGGGCAGCGCCCAGGUGGGAAUCUGCAAGAGAUGUCUUGAUUCCAAACGGGAGUGUAUCUUCAAGACAGGCCCACGGACACGGCGGCCGAGACAGAAGCGUCUCAACAGCCAGACAGCAGCUGCCUCCACCACAGGGAACACCACCUCAAAUUCCACAUCCAAUCCUCCGCCACCACCAGGCCCCUCCAAGACCUUCACAAUCGACAUAUCAAUGCCUGCCGAGGACGACAUAGCCGACUCCCUCGAGGCCCUGCGGCUAGCGCACGACAAGGCCAUCGACAUGCUCAUGCCUCACGACGAAUUCUCGGCGGACGACUUUGAAUAUGAGCACGACGACGACCAGGGGGUAGAGGCGGAAAUGGAGCACGACUGGCUCGACCCGGACCCCGACCCGGACCAGGACCUGGCCUCCUCCGUGACGGGCUCCGGCUCUGUGUUCUCGCAUGCGUCGUCGCUGUCGACGCCGCCUACCGGUAGCAGUGGUUCUGCGGCCGAACGCGUCCGAUCUGAUAGCACACAAGGAUCCAAACCCGCCAUUGCCAGUAAGUCGCGGACGAUAGCGAGCCUAAGGCUGCAGCCACAGUUCAAUCUCGACUCGGCGGAGAAGCUGCUCCAGACCUUCCGGGAGGUCAUGCUCAGUCACUUCCACUGCGUGGUGGUGAGUGAGAGCGAUACGGUGGCGAGCAUGGCCAAGGAGAGGCCGUUUGUGCUGCUGGCUGUGUUGGCGGUCGCGAGCGGCAGCCGCACGUUGCAGGGGCAUAGUCUGUAUGAUGAGGAGUUCAGGAAAAUCCUGGGGCUGAAGUUCGUGGCGGGCGGUGAGAGGACGCUGGAGUUGCUUCAGGGGUUGGUGGUCUAUGUCGCUUGGUAUCCAUUCCACCUCCGGCCGAAGAACAAGCAGGCGAUACAGUACAGACGCAUGGUGGUCGACAUCGUCACCGACCUCGAGCUCGACGAAGAUCCCGGCUGCGACUCCAUGGAUUUCGCCCCGACACCAGAGCGUCUCGACCAGGUUAGGCUGUAUCUGGCAAGCUACUACCUCGCGUCGGCCUUCGCCUCCACCUGGGGCCGCACCCCCUCCCUCCGCUACACGGACUACACCACUCGCUGCUGCGACCUCCUGCAGCGGCACAGCCCACUGCGAGGCGACCACGUGCUGGCGUGGCAAGUCCGCAUCGAGCGACUGAACGAGGAGACCAACGACCUGCGGCGGACGCAGCGGGGCCGCUCGCAGAGCGAGUACCAGAUCGGCCUAAUGAUCCGGGGCAUGGAGACGCAGCUGGCCGAGUGGGAGGCCCGCAUGGGCCCAGAGAUGCUCUCGACAACGCCGUCCCUCCGCAUCGCCGUGCUCUUCACGCGCGUCUUCCUGUCGGGCGCGCCGCUGCUCAAGCUGCCGUCGCCGAAGCUGGUGGGGCAGCAGCCCGAGUCCUUCCCGCCGGACCCCCAACGCCUGAUGGCGGUCAUCCCCGCGAUGCACGACAUCUACGAGUACUUCCUCACGCUGACACCCGCCGACGUUAACUCGUUCAUCGGUAUCGAGUGGGGUGCGCUGAUCUUGUCCGUCAUCCUCGGCUUCCGCAUGUCGUUCCCGCUUGCAAUCUGUCCGGACUGGGAUGACCGCGCGGGGAGGGAGCUUGUCAAGUUUGGAGAAUACAUGGACCGGCUGUGCAAGAUGGGCGGACAGGACUAUGAUGUCGAAGAGAUCAAGAUCAGCCUGGCGCCUUCUGUUGCUCCUCCCCCGAGCGGAGCAGCGGUUGGACAGGGCAAGAGCAGGAGGGCCAUGGAUGUCCUCAGCGCGAGCAAGAUCGUGCUGGACAUGGUGAGGAAGAAGUUCCUGAAGCGGGUUGCCCGACUGCUGCAGCAGCAGGAGCAGCAGCAGCAGGCAAUGCAGGCCACGCUUAUUGCUGCGGCUGCUGCUGCUGCAGUGCCGCACCCACUACCGCCCCACGGUUCGGCGGUCGGCGGGUGCCCGAUGAUAGACGGGAGUCUGGAGCAGUUUUACCCCUACUGGGACGAGACGUUCACGAACGCCCUGGCUGCCGGCGGGUUCUCUGCCUCCGAAGCGCCGGGCGCCGGGCACGCAGAUACGAAUAUUGCUGGGCUGGACGUGCCGAAUGACCUUUGGACGGCCAUGACCAUGGGCUGGGCGCAGGGCGACGUGAGCUUUGAGGAUCUAUGAUGACGACGAUGAACAGGGAUGGAGAUUCUGCGCGGGUUCGCACGAGCAAUGAACGCUCAAUUAAGCUGUUAAGAGAUACUUCCCAUGG